GGUGGCGGCGGCGGGGGGCGGAGGGCGGCGGCGAACGCGCGGGAGCGGCACCGCACACACAGCGUCAACUCGGCCUUCGGCGCCCUCCGCAGGCUCAUCCCCACCCGGCCCGCCGACCGCCGCCUGUCCAAGGUGGAGACGCUGCGCCUGGCGGCCAGCUACAUCUCGCACCUGGCCAACGUGCUGCUACUGCAGCAGCGCCGGCACGACGAGGGGGUGGACGCUGAGCAGCCCUGCCCGCAGAACCCGCAGCCCCGGGAGUCCCCGCAGCCCUGCUCGCCACCGGGCAGCUCCACGCCGAGGCCCAUCUGCACCUUCUGCCUCAGCGAGCAGCGGCAGCGGCACCGAGAAGGAGAGAAACCACCAGCUGGUCCAGCAGUGAGCGGGCACUGAACCGGCCGAGGUUCUCACACCAGUCCUGCACUGACUGUACCACUGCUCUGGGUAACGUCGUCACACUCAUGCUGCAUGUUUACAUUUAAAUAGCACAGUCCUAAACGAGUUACUUUUCAAGCCUAUAUGCACUUUGUUUCACAUUGUGAGAGAUUUAUUCAGGGUGGUUUUUUUGCAAAAUUAAAUUGAACGCUGCUGGGAGGGUUGCACCUGGUGCGGCAGCUAUUUUAGCCCGAGAAACGUUAAACCUAAGCAGCCAAGCCCUGAUCCUGAUGUCUCCUAAACCUGUGUCGCAUGAUGAAACUUGAACUUCCAAACACACAGUGUGCCCUGUCAGAGGAAGCUGUCAUGGACACGCUGUGCCCUACGCCUCCAGCCCAGCCUGGGCUGCACGCAGCGCUGCCUCCCACUCCUCCAGCUGCACGCCAGUUCCCCGGGAGGGGGCCUGACACUGACAGCUGACAUGCCCGAGAGGUCUCAGUGAUGCUGGAAGAUUAUUUUAAGGUGUUUACAGAAAGUCAGAAAACUUCCAGUGAAAGCACUGCUGGUGGCUGUGCACAGGCACAGCAGCACAUCCGCACGGGACGUAGCCAGGACGGGACGGGAAGGUGGAGCAGUGUAAGCGAUCCUCUUUUCUUAUUAACAGUGUGAGUCGUGCCAGUCCUUUAAAUAGCAUGGGAUAUUCCUGAAUCUGCCUGGCAAGCACGGGGUAGGGAGGGUUUCCCAAGGGCUUUUACCCAUUACGCAGGUCAUUCCCAAAUUGUGCCUCUACAUCACUGAGGUCAUUUACCUCCCCUCCGUUUAUUAACUUGUAUAUUUAUAUUCAGAAAUAACUCCAAAUAGCAAAUAAGCAUGUUGUGUUUUCAGUUUUGGACAUCAGCGAAGCAGCAGGCUAGAAUCUUAAACCCCAGUAAUGCAGGAUUUUAAAAAAAUAUACAGUUUAAUUUUGGAAUAUUUUUAUAGCUAUUUAUAAUAUGCUUAAUUAGGCUUUAAUUAAUCUUAACUUGUCACAUUGGGAGGCACUCUCUAUUUUUUAAAAGCUUAGUUACUGUACCACUCUCAGAAGUGCUGCAAAGAAUACUUGUCUCCCUUUUUUUCCCCUGAUCCCAUCUGUUCAAUGCUCCUGGCCAGCCUUGCUUUAGCCAAAAGUGAGGGCUGAAGUUGUUCACUUUAUUUUCUGUAUAGAACUUUCUCUUCUUCCCCUACAUAAGUGCAAAGCAAAUUCUGGCAUUUGCUGUGAAGAACUUGGCAAGGGCAGGAUCUUGGUAUAUUGCUCAUACAACUUCAGAGUUUUAGUUUUCCUUCUACCCUCCCCAAAACACACUGAUCACCUUUCCUUUGGCACAAUGAGGAAAACUCUACUGCACCUACAGAACCUGGAAUAAACUUCUCCUUUGAAUCCUAAUAAAGAAAAAUACUGAAGCAAAGUCACAUCACAUCAGUCUAUUCAGUUAUUAAAAAAUACAUGCUGUAUUUUCCUGGAUUGAGAAGAGUUGUUUGUUUUUAGAAGGUUUCUAUCAUUAAUCUUGUUUUUAAUGGGGAACUUUAAAUUGCUGCCAGAUUAUGAUCUUUGUUUUGCUUUGGCAUUGAUUCAUGAAGCUGGAACUCUUUACAAGUUUUGUACAAAGUGCUUUUUAAUUUUGGUGUUGUAUUAGCCUGUGGGUGUGGGUAUAUAUUUCCACAAAGAUGUCUUCUUGACUUUUUUUUUAUUAAUUUGAAAAAAUUUAUCUUUUAAAAAGGCAUUUACUCUGUAAUUAAAGCUGAUCUUACAGUUAGGCCCUACACUGUUAUAAACACAUUAAAUCAAAGCAUCUGACCUCUUUACAGAUACAGUUAAUACUAAUUUAUUCAUUGAGCUGUAUCAUUCUGUAUGAUACUCUAAAAUGACAAAACAUAAUGCAGUUUCAAACAAUUUUGGGAAAAUUCUGCUUUGAGUAUGCUCUGAGUUUUGAAAUUUGUAAGACAAUAAAAUCAUUUCAGGUUUUC